AUGGCUGCUUCACUUCCACACCCAAAGAUUGUUAAAAAGCACACCAAGAAGUUCAAGAGACAUCACUCUGACAGAUACGACCGUGUCGCUGAAAACUGGAGAAAGCAAAAGGGUAUUGACUCUUGUGUCAGAAGAAGAUUCAGAGGUACCAUCUCACAACCAAACAUUGGUUACGGUUCCAACAGAAAGACUAGACACAUGAUGCCAUCUGGCCACAAGGCUUUCUUAGUUAAGAACCUCAAGGACUUGGAUGUUUUAUUAUUACACUCCAAGACUUACGCUGCUGAAAUUUCCCACAAUGUUUCUGCCAGAAACAGAGUUGAAAUUGUUGCUAAGGCUAAGAAGCUUGGUGUUAAGGUUACUAAUCCAAAGGGUAGAGUUUCUUUAGAAGCUUAA